AUGAAGCAGAGAGAAAAUUGGGGAGGAAAGAUGGAUUUCAUCCUGACCUGUAUUGGUUAUGCUGUUGGGUUAGGAAAUAUUUGGAGGUUUCCAUAUCUAUGCUACAAAUCUGGUGGAGGUGCAUUCUUCAUCCCGUACACCAUUUUCUUAGUAUUGUGUGGUAUUCCUGUUUUUUUUCUUGAGGUCUCUUAUGGUCAGUUCUCUAGCUUGAGUCCAGUGGCUGUGUGGCGGAUGAGUCCAUUAUUUAAAGGAAUUGGUAUUGGUAUGGUACUAGUAUCGUCUAUAGUAUGUAUCUACUAUAAUGUAAUCAUAGCGUGGACUCUCUACUACCUAGUGAUGUCAUUCCAAUCAGUACUACCAUGGAGUCAUUGUAACAAUGAUUGGAAUACCAUAAACUGUAUUGAUCAACAGAGAUCAGAGAUGUUUGCUGAAUUGUCUAACAGCACUAUAGGUAGUAAUAUGUAUGAGAAUUUCACCAAUACCAAUCUGUCUUAUUUCUUUGUCAACAAUACCCUACGAGAACCAGGAAACAUUUCAGCUAGUGAAGAAUACUGGACACAUCAUGUAUUAGAAUUGAGUGAUGGAAUUGAAGAUUUAGGACCAAUUAGAUGGCAGUUAUUAAUCGCCUUAGCUAUGUCCUGGGUUUUAGUCUUUUUAUGUUUGUUUAAAGGUGUUAAAGUUUUAGGAAAGGUGAUGCAUUUCGCUGCUCCCUUCCCAUAUUUAGUAUUGUUGGUGCUGUUAAUUCGUGGUGUAACUUUACCUGGUGCUUUAGAAGGAAUUAAAUUCUAUAUUAUACCAAGAUGGGAGAAACUGGCUGACUUUCAAGUUUGGGGAGAUGCUGCCUUACAAAUUUUCUAUUCUGUUGGUAUGGGAUGGGGUGGUAUUGUUACCAUGGCCAGUUAUAAUAAAUUUAGUCAUAACGUUUAUAGAGAUUCUAUGAUGGUACCAUUCAUUAACUGUGGUACUAGUAUCUUCGCUGGUUUUGUCAUUUUCUCUGUACUUGGUUUUAUGGCUCAUGAAGCUGGUGUUAGUGUGGAUAAAGUGGUAACUGAAGGGCCUGGUUUAACAUUUGUUGCUUAUCCAGAAGCCAUUUCUAAACUACCAAUCAGUCCACUUUGGGCCGUUCUGUUUUUCCUUAUGUUAUUAACAAUUGGUCUGGAUAGUCAGUUUGGUAUGUUCGAAACUAUGUUGUCAGGUGCUAUGGAUGAGUUCCCCAAGUUGUUCAGAAACAGAAAAGUUAUUGUUACCUUGAUAUCCUGUUUUGCUGAAUUCCUCAUGGGUCUUGCUUGUAUUACCAAGGGUGGAAUCUAUGUGUUACAAGUUAUGGAUUGGUAUUGUGCUAGUUUCUCACUCAUGUUGAUCUCUCUUGCUGAAUGUUUAGUUAUUGCUUAUGUUUAUGGUACUGAUAGAUUUUUAAAAGAUAUUGAAUUAAUGAUUGGCUAUCAACCACCUAGAAUCUGGGUUUAUAUGUGGAAAUAUGUUACACCUAUUGUCAUUGUUUUUAUCUGGUUAUUCAGUGUAAUCACCUUGAAACCUGUAACCUAUGGUGAUUAUGAAUAUCCUCCCUGGGCUAUUGGACUUGGCUGGAGUGUAGGAUUAGUCUCUCUUAUUCCAAUUCCAUUAUGUAUGGUUGUACAAAUCUACAACGAGAAGGGUCCAAUUCUUCAGCGAAUCAAAAAAUUAAUGAAACCUGCUGCUAAUUGGGGACCAGCUUUACCCGAGGAUCGUAAAAGAUACCUCAACUCACUCACUUUUACGCAUCCAGAACUUGCUGAAAAAAUGUUAGCAGCUGAACCAGAAGAGAAACUUCCCUUAGAUGACACUGAAUUGUCUAAUUCAACACCAAUGGUUGAAAAGGAUACAUUUAGUAACGUGUGAAAAAGUGGAGUUAUUGCUUUAGAGAUUUGAUUCUCUUUUUCAUUUUUGGGCACAAUUUUGUGACAAAAAAGACAAUUGUUUGUGUAGAUCUGUUGAUUUGUCUCAAGUUAAGACAAGUAUUUUUACGUGGAAAACUCAGUUUUGUGUUUUUUAUCUCAAAUUUAGACACAGUGUGCUGUGUUUUUUUUUAAGGCACAUGCAUGUUUUAAUCAUCUUUAAUUGUCAUGUUUUGUUAUUAUUUUUGAACAAUUUGUGAAAUUCAUAAAUAAGUAUCCAUUGUCGACUACUUACAAUUUUGAAAUAUGAUGAAUAUUUGGCGGUAUCAAGGAUAGAAAGUUAGUCAUGUAAUGUUCUUAAUGCUAAUGUUCCUUGUGCUUCCCAAUGCUAUUUUGUUUUCAUAAGUAUUGUGUCGCGGAGGAUAUGUCAUGUGAUUAUGCAUGGGAUAUUAUGGUGCUACUAUGGAUUCACCUACAGUCAAAAUAAAUCUCAGAAUAUUAAGGCAGUGCCUUUUUUGUUAUUGUAUUCAAUGGUUGUAACAGAAUUUUGUUAAUUGAUUGUUUUAGGUUUUCAUUUUUAAAUUCACAUUUCAUUUCAGAUUUUAGUCACAGUUCAUUUCGAUAUUGUUAAAUAACGCCCUUCAUCUUAAAAUUAACCGUCAUUUGUGAUAUUGCCAAGACCUUAUAUGUUAUUGAAAAUGAGAUAGAAAAUACAUGAUAAGGGUUGCAUGCAAAGGUUAAGUAACAACAGAACAUUGCAAGUUGGCAGUUGCAUAAUUGUCUUAAAGAUUAGAUUAUAUUUAGAAUGUAUGGAAAUACUGUUUUAAAUUUAAUUGUUAUAUUAAUGAUUGUUAAAAAUAUUUGUCAAUGCAAAUUUAGAUCUACUGUGAUUCUCUCUACUCAAAAUCCUAAUAUUGUCAUCCUUUCAUGUCAUCUUCAAUUUUCUGUUUUAAUUUAUUACCAGUUGGAUCAGAAACAAUAUUUUAUUCUAAAAAAAGAAAAGGAUCAUAGGCAGAGCCUAAAAGAAUUGUCCAUGUAAAAAGCAGAAAAGAAUAUGAUUUGGUUGAAAUUAAUUGGAUGGGUUAUGGUUCAAUUAAAAUUGAAGUAUAAAUUUUUGUAAUUUUCAUGUAAAUAAAACAUUUUGUAGAGAAGAACCAUAUCAACUCCAUCUUAAUAGUGCUUGAUGUAAAUAGUUCUAUAUUUUAUAAUGUGUAAAUGUAAAGUCAGUUUGUUUGUAAUUUGGUCUAUUUUUCUUAUAAUUCAUAGUUUUAUUGAAACCUAAUUUAGCAAAUUCACAAAAAUUGCAAUGGAAUUAAAUGCCAAAUAAUUUUUAAUUAUUUUUUUAAAACUUAAAAGAAAAAAAGACAGUUUUAGCUCUUGUUCUAGCAUUAUUACUAGUUUUAUUUGGCCAAAAUCAUACUUAUUUAUAAUGCUGAAUUAAUAUUGUAAAGUUAUGUCAAAUUUUGUGAUUUCAGUAGGGUGCUCAAGGAGAAUGAUAAUUUGAACAUCAAACCUUUUUGGAGCCUAUGUUUGUCAUUUAUCCCUCUUAAGAUAGAUGGAUAUUUAAUGUCAAAAAGAUUCGAUUUUUUAAAUUAUGUUAUAUUUGGUUGCAUCUGUUGUGUGUGUCUGUCUCUGUAUGCCUGUAUAAGAUCAUGAAUAGUCUAAAAAAAAAAAAAAAAAGAAUUGUUUGAAUAAGAUAUAAGAUUAUGAAUUAUUUGGUCGGAAUCUUCAAUAUAUUAUUCAUGUUUUUUUUGUCCAUUUUAAAAUCAUGAAUUGUUUAAGUUAAGCGAAUAAUAUCCAAGAUCAUGAUCGGCAUAUCUGAAUAUUAUUUAUUUGUAAAUAUUGUAUUAUAAUUUUUGUACAUUUAUUGAGGAAUACUUGUGAAGGAGGUGAUAUACAAUACAAUGCAAUUGAAAGACUUGAUUCAAUUGAGAACAUUGUUGUCAACAGAAUGUCAGAUAAAUAUAAAUGUCAAAAUUUGAAAUUAUUUUCAUAAAGAUAAGAAAAAUAUUCUAGUCUGAACCGAAAUUGGCAUACAAAAAAUUUAUUUUGAUUAAACCCAUUCCUGAAUAUUGUGUGCCUUUAUAAUAUAACACAUCAUUCAUGUAAGGAAUGCUGAAGAACUGAAUAAAUUUUCAAAAC